CCAAGUGAAGAGAAGAACAUACGGAUCACGCGCGAGUUUUGGCCAAUGUUUGGUCGUGUUAUUCACGAAAGCCGUUUAUUCUUAUUAUUAAUAUACAUCCCAGCCUCAGAUAUUAAAUACUUCGGAAGCGGCGGUCAAAACAUUCUGUGAUUGCCUCGAUGGAUUCCAUCCUGUUUAGUUUCAUUACUGACCAUGCAGACCAUAUUGAUGUUUACAAAGAAACCUAUGAUCGUCCUAAGCCGGAGUUACUGCCCAUAGAUCCCUCAAAUACAGAUAUUGAAGUUGAAAUUGAAAAGGAAAUGGAAAUUUUAAAGAGCAAAAAGCUGCAGACUACUGUGAGAAGUACUGUGGAAUCCGCUAAAGCCAAAGUGGAUUUAAGCUUAACUCCAUUGGACUUUAUGCCGUCAACACCUAAGGCCGCAUCUCAUAAACUUCAGAAUUUUCAAAAUCUAAACAAACAAGAGACCUCCUCAAAUGAAGAAUCCGAGCCUAUUACUAAUACUACCAAGUCAAUCGAUGAUUCAGUUCGAGAGUCAACAGAAUGCGAAGCUCUAAGUAUUUUAAAUAAUGCUCUAGAGACAGUAGCCAAGGGGAAAAGGGAAACGAAAAAGCAAAACCAGAAGAAAGCCAAUAACAAGCAUGGUUAUUUAAUAACCAAGAAGAAAACGGAAAAGAGACUGAGAAUCCGGAAUUUAGCGAAUCUAAAGAACAUUCCCGCCACUAUACUUAUGUCACCAGUAAAACACAAAAAACCAACACCAAAAAACUGAAACCAAACACACCACUUCCUUCGAUUACAUCACCACUGAGGGACACAACACCAACAAAAUCUUUGACUCCCAUUAAAUGUGUAUCACCAAUGAGGGACACAACACCAACAAAAUCAUUGCUACCCGUUAAAUUAAUGUCACCAAUAAGGGAUACAUCCCCAAUAUCAACAACACCAUCUAAAGAAACAUCGACAAACUUAACAACACCAACAAUACCGCUGCCUUC